AUAACCUAACACAAUUUAGUUUUUAACUUUAAAUAGGUAAAUUUAUACCUAUAAUAUUGAAAAUACGCGUCUUACGCACGAUCAUUCUUAGAUAUUUUAGCAAAUCAGACGAAUUAGAGAAAAUCGCUCAUUAAGUAUUGACCAACUGUUUUCUUUUUUUAACGUACUCCUCUAAAUCAUAUGAAUUCGUGAUUGCCUCCUAAAAUGAGUACAACACUUUUAUAGUAUUCUUGAAAACUAUAGUUCCAUUUGUGUUGAAAUUUCAAUCUUGAUCUGACGCGUCGAAUACUAUCGGUUGAAGCGCUUUGUUAUUCUCGAUCUGUGGUUGGAGAUUACAUUAGUUUUUACGCCACAAGGAAAGCGAUGGUGCCCCGUGUGCGUGGGGACAUCAUUGAUAAAACCCAUGGCCGGAGGGUAGUGGGAUGGGGUGCGAGAGGAAAACUAUUGAUCAGACCGCGUGCACUGCACUUGCGUCGGGUAAACUCCACCCCGAACGAGCGCUGCGCCGACGACGGCCGUUCACUUGUUCGACCGCGGGCCAGUAGUAUUAUUAUAAUUGACGUCGGUCGCGCAGCGAUAUGGCCUCGGGUUGAAGUGCGUAUCGCUCCCGGCACACGCCCGCCCGUCGGUCCCGCGGUGUACCGGACGACCAGCGGACUAAGUACCCGAAGCGAGAGAUAGAGACAGGGCGGCGGUCGGAACGCGUCGUCAUGCGGUGGUCGGCGUGAACGCCGGGGCCCCGUGAGUUGCGCGCACAGAUGAGCAGCGACGUGAGCAGGAGAUCGUCGGCCGCGGCCGGUGGCAAGAAAAUGCGCAAGCGGAAGGAACUGGACGCGCUGACCGGCGGCGGCACCGCGAUCGGCGGCGUUAACCGGAACCGCAGGCUCAUGUGCUCGUCUGACUCGGAUUCGUGUUCGUCGUCCCGGGCCCCGACGCCGAUUAAGCUGCGGCGGCAGAUCACUCGCAGGCGUAAGCGCACCUUCAUCACGAACACGUGGUGCAGCGCGUUUCGGAUGUUCCUGACGUUCGGCUGCAUCGUGUGGGUCGUGUUCGAGACGUACACGUUCCUCGACAUACACAAGAUCCAAGUGCACCUGCAGACGCAGCUCGACCAAGUUGCCGCCGGUAAUCGUGGAGUUCCCGAUGAUUUACAAAAAUGUCAUGCGAUUUCGAAACAAUUGCAACAAAAUCAAACGGUUAUAAAUCAACGGCUGACUGUUUACGAUGGACAAAUAACCAACUUAACGCUUCAGAUCACUCUUUUGGGUACCAGAUUGUCUAUGGUUGAGAAAAAUAUCAAAGAAAAAACGGGCAUAUUAUUAACUUCAGAUGCUUCGAAAGAAUUAUCACCACAAGUGGCUCAACUCGGCAGCAACUACCAAGACUUGAGUACUAGUGUAAAAUCGCUUAAAGAUACUGUUAGUUCAUUGCUGUCAUACCAAACAACAUUGAAAGCAAACAUUACUUCAAUUGAAAAAAGCUUGAAUAAUGCUGGUAUUGUCAAGACUGAUGAAACUAAGAUCAACAAUGUAUCUGAAAAGUUACAUAGGCUAAUUGAUGAUAUUAAAUCCAAUAUCACAUCAAUGAACCAAACACUUACAAGUAAAAUUGAUUGGCUCUCUUCAGAUCAAAAAAAUGAUCGAGUGGAUAUCGAGAAGUUAAAAGAGGACCGUCAACAGUUAAUUGCCCAAGUAAAAACAAUUGAAAGUGAAUGCAAAUCAACUGAAAUUAAAUUUACCAAAUCAUUUAAGGAAGUUGACUCAAAAAUGAUUUCUUUGAAAACUCAUAUUGACAUGAUUGCAACCAAUGUUACCAAUUUACAUGCUCAAUCAAUUUCCAAUGACUCUUAUACGAGUGCAGGUCAAUUAAAAGGUGAGAAAAAUGGAACUCAGUAAACUCCUAAGAUUAUGUUCUUUAUGUUAUAUUAUAUUUGCACCAUGUUGUUGAAUAAUUGUAUUUGUUUUUCUUGAAUAAUAGUUUGAAUUGUUUAUAUUUUUAUUUGUCUAUCCGGUUUAACAUGUGAUUCUUGGUAUUAUACAACAUUAUAACUUGAUAACUGUAUGGCCUACUGAGUUAUUCUAAUAAAAUAGUUACAAGUAUCUCAGAUCAGUAUUGUAUAAAUUAGGAGAAUUACAAGUUUAAAUUAUUGUGUACUUUGUGUAAAAUUUAGUUAAUAUUUAAUAAUUAAUGGUACAUACCUUUGUGUUUGUUUUUAAAAAUUUUAAAUUUUUUUUGUUCUAUGAUGAAAUGUUUAUGCAAAAUUAUAACUCUUGAUAAAUUA